UUUCGCCGCCGUCCUGUGGCGGGAACCGCGGCGCCCCGGGGACGGCGACGACUGAGAAGAAGCCAUGCAGGCAUUUCUGAAAGGCGCAUCUGUCAGUGCCAAGCCACAACUGACCAAGGACCGGGGGACACCUGCCACUGCAGGAAGCAGUGGAGAAACCAAGAAAGUCAAACCAGUUCCUUGGGUGGAAAAAUACCGUCCAAAGUGUGUGGAUGAAGUUGCUUACCAGGAAGAGGUGGUUGCAGUGCUGAAAAAGUCUUUAGAAGGAGCUGACCUUCCUAAUCUCUUGUUCUAUGGGCCACCUGGAACUGGCAAAACAUCCACCAUUUUGGCAGCAGCUAGAGAGCUCUUUGGGCCUGAACUCUUUCGAUUAAGAGUCCUUGAGUUAAAUGCAUCUGAUGAACGUGGAAUACAAGUAGUCCGAGAGAAAGUGAAAAGUUUUGCUCAGUUAACUGUAUCAGGAAGUCGUUCAGAUGGGAAGCCAUGUCCUCCCUUUAAGAUUGUAAUUCUGGAUGAAGCAGAUUCCAUGACUUCAGCUGCUCAGGCAGCUUUAAGGCGUACCAUGGAAAAAGAGUCAAAAACAACCAGAUUCUGCCUCAUCUGUAACUAUGUCAGUCGACUCCACACAUGCAUUGCGAAUUCUAUAACCAAGUAUGAUUUUAUGUAGGUUAGAGGUCUUGCUCCUCACACUGGGUUUAUCAUUGUUUCUGCCCAAUUUUCUUUUCAGGAAAUAGCAUAUCUUGUUAAAAUAUCAGAAGGAGAUUUACGGAAAGCCAUUACAUUUCUUCAAAGUGCUACUCGACUAACAGGUGGAAAGGAAGUCUCUGAAGAUGUGAUCACAGACAUUGCUGGGGUGAUACCAGCUACAACCAUUGAUGGAAUAUUCACUGCAUGUCACAGUGGCUCUUUUGACAAACUAGAAGCUGUGGUAAAGAACCUCAUAGAUGAAGGACAUGCAGCCACUCAGCUUGUCAAUCAACUUCAUGAUGCAAUUAUAGAAAAUGAAAAUCUCUCUGAUAAACAUAAGUCCAUUAUCACAGAGAAACUUGCUGAAGUGGAUAAGUGCUUAGCAGAUGGUGCAGAUGAACACCUGCAGUUGAUGAGCCUCUGUGCAACUGUGAUGCAGCAACUAACUCAGAAUUGUUAAUAAAAGAUGAUCUAUAUCCCUUUUGUAUGAAACCAGCUUUUUAUAAAUAAAUGG